AUGAAAACGAAGGAGCUUUGGACAUACACAAUUGAUAAGCCAACUGAGCCAAAUUCAAAUCUAACAAAUCAAGUAUUUGCUUGUGCUUUUUUAAAAGAUGGAGAUGUUGUUGUUGCCGCUGUGGGAAAUGCUUUGCUAUUAUUCGAUACUUAAAAAUCUGAAAUGCUACGACCACCUAUAAGAGGACAACAUAAAGACACAAUUACUUGUUUGGCUGCAUCUAAGGAUGGAAAUAAAAUGGUAACAGGGAGUGCGGAUAAAACAGUUAUUGUGUGGGGAUUCAAUAUAGCAAGAGGUGAGAAGAUGUUGGAUGCAGAAAAAUUCUUUUCACAUAGUGAGGCUAUAUAAUGCGUUGCUAUCAGCCCUUUGAUGUAUUAGAUAUUUACAGGCUCAAAUUAAGAGUACUCUUUAUGGAUUCCUGGAAUGAGUAAUAUUGAAAGGUAAAAGUACAAGGACAAGAUAAUAUGCGCAGCUUGGAGUGCUGAUGGACAGUAUGUUUCUUUUGGGACAAUCAAUGGACUGAUUGUGAUUACGGAUAGAUAAGCACAUUAGUUGAAGGAGAUUUAGACUUAGAAGGGGGGACCAGUAUGGUGUAUGGAAUGGACUCCGAUAACUUCAGAGUAUUAAUAGUCUCAAUUGACAAUUGGAGUGUGGAUGAAUUCAUUAUAUUAAUUUGAUUGCAAUGGUUAAUAAAUUGGUGCUCGAACAGAAUUGCCAUUCGAUCCCUUGCAUAUCAAUUACUAGAAUAAUGGUGAGUAUAUGGCAAUAGCUGGAAAUAAUAAUAAGAUCAACCUCUAUACAAGAGAGGGGGGAUUCUUGAUAGAAGCCUGUUCUCUUAAUGACUGGAUUUGGUGUACUAAAAUAAAGCCAAAAUCUACAGUAAUUGUUUGUGGUACUAAUGAUGGUGACAUUGUUGUAUAAGAAUUACUUUCAGAAAAUGUUACUGCAUUAUAUGAUGAUAAGUUUGUUUAGAGAGAGCAGUUAACAGAUGCCAUCAUAUUGUCAAUGAUUUCUAAUUAGAAGGCAAGAAUCAAAUGUAAGGAAUUAGUCAAAAGAGUGGCUAUCUUCAAGGAGAAAGUGGCUAUCUUAUGUGGUAUCAAGGUUUUGAUUUACACUUGUGUUAUUAAAGGGGAUGAUUACAUGAAAUACAAGCAAUUCAAGAAAUUUUAGAAGAGAGUGGAUUGUGAGCAUUUCUAAUUGGCAUCAUCAAAUGUUUUGAUUGGAGCAGGCUAGAAAUUAAUUGCAUUCAAUUUUAAUGGAGAUAUGGACAAAACUUGGAGUUUUGAAUCUCCAAUUACUUUUGUUUCUUGUCAAGGUGGUGCACCUAAGAGAGAACUCGUAUUGGUUGGGUUAGAGAAUGGAGGUGUUUACAAAAUCUUUUUGGAUAACUCAUUCCCUAUUCAAAUUCAUAAGGUUAAUACACCUAUUAAAUAUUUGACUAUGUCUUAAACCAAAAGAAAAUUGGCAUUGAUAGAUGGCAAUUAGAAUUUAUAAGUACUAGAUACUAUAAGUAAAGAAAUUUUGUUUGGAGAAAUGAGUGUUGAAGGUGUUGCCUUUAAUCAAGAAUUUGAGGAUUUGAUUGCUUAUUCUGGUAAGGGAUUGUUAUUUUUCAAAUGCAUUACAUUCCCAGCUUUAAAUUAAAAGAUAACGGGUAAUGUAAUAGGGUUCAAGGGAUGCAAAUUGUUCCUUCAACAUAACAACAAAGUCUAGACAAUUGACAUUUAAUAAACAGCCAAUAUGCAGAGAUAUCUAGAAAAGAAGGACUUCUAGAAUGCUUUGAAGAUAGCUUGUCUUGGUGUAACAGAAUAAGAUAUAAGGGCUUUGGGAAUUGAGGCUUUGAUUGCAGGGGAGUUUGAAAUAGCAAGAAGAUGUUUCUUGAGAAAUAAGGACUACUAAUUCAUUGAUUUGCUAUUGAAAUAUGAGAAGAAAAAUAUGGACGCUCAAACACUGAAUGAGUUGAACGCAGAGGCUUUGGCAUAUCAAGGGAGAUUCAUGGAUGCUGGUAAUCUCUUAAUAAAGGUUGGGUAGGCUGAUAGAGCAGUGUAGUUAUUUAAGGAAUUAAGGAGAUGGGAUGAUGCCAUAAACUUUGCUAAAAAGGGAGAUGUUGCUUAUAGGGCUGUGACAUCUGGUGGACGAACUGGCACUGGAGUUAGAGCACCAACUUCAUAGGGAAGAACAGGUACUGGUAGAGGUUAGGCAGUUAUGCCAUAACCAUAAGAUAUAGCCCCGCCUAAGAUAGAAAUGAAUAUGUUGUUGAGAGAACAAGCUGAAUGGACCAAAGAAUCUGGAGAUUGGAAAGCAGCAGCUGAUUUGUUUGUCACUUGUGGAGAAUAUAAGAAAGCCAUUGAAUUAUAUGGUUAGAAUAAAAAUUUGGAUGGAUUGAUCAAUGUUUGCAGAAUGUUGGACAGAUAAGAGAAUUCAGAUAAUAUAGUUUUGUGUGCUAAUUAUUUCAAGAAACUCAAACAUCAUGGAGGAGCCAAAGAAGCUUAUCUUAAAUUAAAUGAUUUGAGGAAUCUUAUGACUUUACAUGUUGAAUUUCAGAAAUGGCAAGAAGCCUUUUAGAUUGGAAGAUCUAACAAAGAACUUCUUGAAAUUGCCAAAGUACCCUAUGCCGAUUACUUAUUGCUAAAUGAUCGAUAUGAAGAUGCUCUAAAAGCUUAUAAGAGUGCUGGAAGAUUUGAUAUCACAAUGAAGAUGACAAAAGACAUGGCCAAAAAUUGCAUAGAAGAACAACGAUAUCAUGAUGCAAGUCAAUACUUAUGGAACUUAGCCAUAGAUUGCUUAUCUCAAAUUCAAGACUAUUAGAAUCCAUCAGGAGAUGAUGUAAAAGCUAUCACUUAAUAUCGUGAUUAUAGUGAUUUAGCAGAUGUCUAUUAUGCAUAUCAAAAGAUACACAGCUUCAUCUGUGAACCAUUUCAACCUUUAUCUGGUGAAAAUUAUUUCCUAUAGAUUAUGAAUUCUGCCAGGUUUAUCAUAUCCAAAUGGAAGAGCAUCUAUCAGGGAAUAAAAAUGAGUUACGUCUAUUAUGCUUUAGCCAAGUGUGCUAUUCAACUCACUUGUUUCAAAACUGCUCGUACAUGUUAUGAAAAAUUAAAUCAAUUCAAAAUCCCUGCAGAAUGGAGUGAAGAAAUAGAUCUUCAAUCCUUAUUAGUUAGAUCAAAACCAUAUACAGAUGAUGAAUCUAGAUUACCACUCUGUAUGAGAUGUUAGACUUACAAUGCCAUCAUCAAUGCAACUGAGAAAUUGUCCGUUUGCAAUGCUUGUUUGCAUCCUCUUUUUUGUUCAUUCAUUAGUUUUGCUUCUCUACCACUUGUUGAAUUCAAAGUUGAUAAUUCACUAUCCAGAGAAGAUGUGGAAAGAUUGUUAAAUAGUGAAAAAGUAUUCCACAAUAAGAGACCAGGUUAACCAUUUCAAGAUAAAAUCAAUGAAAUUAUUUAAUAAUAGCACACAUCCUAAGAUUAAUAUUUAGUUGUUGAAUUGGAUGAAGCUGCAAUUCAAUCACUAUCACCAGAGGAGGUCUUGAUUGUCGAUUAUAGAUAAUAUUGCAGAUCCAUAGAAGUCAAAUAUUAUAAAAAUAUGAUUGGAGAGUAACCUAUUCAUGUCUGUUCUGAUUGUGGAAGAUUUUUCUAUGUUGACGAACAUGAAUUCGAAUAUGUCUAAAAGAAAUGUUGUCCAUUUUGUAGAAUUUCAGAUAAAAAAAUACCAUAAAAGGAUGUUUUUGAUAUUUGA